AUGCUGGCGGAGGCCGUCCACAGCCUGGUGGAUGUGGCCAAUCAGGUCCUGCUGCGAGUGGGCAUCCGCAAAGCCGAAAAGGGUCCCACCAAGGCGCACCCCUUUGGCUACUCGCGGGACCAGUUUGUUUGGCCGCUGAUAUCAGCCGUGGGCAUCUUCUGCUGCGGCGCGGGCGUGUCCUUCAUACACGGCGUGCAGGGGCUGUUCACGCCCCACGAAGUGGGCAACCUCUUCUGGUCGUUUGUGGUCCUGGGCGUGUCAUUUGCGCUCGAGAGCCACUCGCUCGCAGUAGCGGUGGCUACGCUCAAGAAGCGGGCGACACGGCAGGGCAUGACCCUCUGGACGUACGUCAAGACCGGCUCCGACCCAGCGGCCACGGCAGUCAUGAUGGAGGACGGCGCUGCGGUGGCCGGCCUGGCGAUUGCGGCGGGCUGCCUGGGGCUGGUCCAGGUGACAGGCAACGCGGUGUGGGACUCUGUCGGGUCCAUCGCGGUGUCUGCGGUGCUGGCCAUCGUGGCGGUCGCGCUCAUCCAGCGUAACAGGAAGUGGCUGAUUGGCAAGUCGAUGCCAACGGAGGGCGAGGCGCUCAUAACAGAGUACCUGCGGCGGCAGCCGGUGCUGCGCAGCGUCACAAACGUUAAAACGGAGGAGCUGGGGAUUCGCAACUACAGGCAAGCGGAGAUUGCCUUCAACGGCGCUGAGCUGGCGCGGCGCUGCCUGGACCGGGUGGGGCGGCAGCGGCUGUACCAAGCGCUAGCAGCGGCCGCCCAGCGGCGGGACGCCGACGUCAUGGACGCGCUGCUCAUGCAGUUUGCAACCGUCACCGUCAGCGCGGUGGGCGCGGAGGUGGACCGAAUGGAGCAGGACAUAAUGCAGAUCGUCCCGGGGGUACGCUACGUGGAUCUGGAGACUGACCGCGGCAAGCCCCUGCGGCCGCCGAGCCCCGCGACGCUCGCGCGCCAGCAGGCGUCGCUCGCGGACUGGCGGGCGCGGCAGCGGCUGGACUACUCCGGCGCGGACAGCGACCACCUCGCAGACCUGGUCAACUUCCCGCUCGGAAGUUUGACCAGCCUUGAAUCCGUCGAUGACGCGGAGGACUGGACCUUUAAGACGGAGAGACUCACAGGGCGGGAGCAGCAGCAGGAAGCGGACAACCACGCGCCGGCGGGCGCCGAGGGGCCCGGGCAAACGCCGGCCGACGCGACCGCGACGGCGGCGGCCGGCGAGGGCCAGCACGGGCACGAGCGGGGGAACAGGGGCGAGCCCGUGGGCAACAGCAGCAGCAGUGGUGGCGGUACCGCGACCAAAUGA